GGGGCCCCGGGGUCGCUGCUCGCGCUGGAAUGGGGGGGGGACACCCGCGACGCGGACUGGGGGGUGUGCCUGGGGUCGCCGGGGGCCAGGGCUGGACCGGCCCCUGGGGAGGGUUUCCGGUGCCGCUGGGGUCCGCCGGGCCUCUGCCCUGUGGGCGGCCGCCCCGCGUCCUCUCCCCUCUCUGUCUCUUCCUGAGACCGGCCGUGUCCCGCACCUGCCGCAGGUCGGCGUGGGGCCCUGCGCCUGGCCUCUACCGGGUGUGAGCUCCUGUCCGUGCGCUGAGCCGCUGGUGCCUUCCUCUCCCGCCCCUUCCCUUCCUCUUCGUGGGCGCAGACCAUGUCCUUUCUGCACUCGCCUCCCCUGCAGACCGGCCUUCCUGGCUCCAGGGACCGCAGUUGGGGAGGGGCUGGGCGGGGGGUAGGGGAGACGGUCCCCAGCCUCCCGAAGCAGGGAAGGGAGAGGGUGUAUGUGGGUGAACCCUCCGGCUGGACCAGACCCUGGGCGGGAUGAGGAGUCGGCGGGAGACCAGGGCUUUCAUAACUUUCGCUGAGGUGGGUUGGGUUUGCUCAGAGGAGGUGCCUGUGUCCAGGGUAGAGGUAUUGGUGCUACAGGGUGGCCCCCGUCCCUCCAAACCGGAGGACACAGUUGCCACCCAGACCCAAAGGGCAGGGAGGGUGUUGGGCUCGGGCUGUGGCAGGUGUCACACCUGAGCAACUAGAGCAUGCCUGGCCAGGCCUGGGCCCCACUGGCUGGGUUGGGGGAGGGUUGGUGGAGAGCUGAUGCCAAGGUCACUUUCUGCUCCCACCCUUCUGCCACAACUGGGAAUGAGGGGGCGUGGCUUUCUCUCCUGCCUGGGCUCUGGACCCCAGAAGGAAGCUGUCAAUUGUAAGCUCAUUUGCAUGAGGUCCAGUUAAGGAGAAAUGCUCAGAAACCGGGCCGCAUUUCUGCACAUCCCUUCUCUCCUGGACUCUGGCCUGGGAAGUGGGAGGGUUGCUGGGACGGGUGGCCAGCCUGGGGGGCUCCUGCCCCAGUUGGCCCCUCCCGAGGCAGUCACCCGAAGAGUUGUUCUCUGCAAGGGGCUCCUGGGAGGGGCAAGGCCCGGGCCCAGAGCGGAGGAGCCCCCCGAGAGGCCAGGAGCCAGCAGCAGAGGUGGGUACAGCUGGAGCUGUGUCCAGGCAUGUGCAGAGGUGACUGUUUUCUCUUGGCGGGGGACAUUGACCAGAUGCAGUGGGCACAAGCGUAGUGAGCAGUGAGCUGCUGGCAGGGUCAGUGUGCCUUAGGCAGUGUGACCAGAGCUGGCAGCCGUAGGUAUGAUGGUGGUGAGCAGUGAGGGUGGUGGACUGACUGGGGGAUGGGCAGUGGGUGUGGGGGAUGGUCCCAGGUGGUGGGCAGGACCUGCUUCUCCCCUUCCUUCACCUCCCCAGUGACCCGGGUACCUGUUUGCCCGGUAAACGAGAGGGGGCCCCUCGAGGGGGCCUGUGCUCUGAGAGCAGCCCACCCUUAUGGGCCCCCAGGCCGAACUGUAUCUGCCCUGUGAACCCUGAAGGAGCCUCCGUACCAGCUGCAGGGCGGACACACUCCACUGAUUCCUGCCGUGGAUGACGUCCUCAUCGCAGGAAAGAACAAUUCAGGAACCCCCUGGGAUCCCCUCCUGGGCUAGAAAAUCCAGUUCCCUUUUAUUAUCCAAUUACACUCCCCAGCCAAGCAAACUGGGCCCCUGCCAGUGUGCUGUCUUGGUCUCUCCACACCCCACCUUUGUGCCCAGAGGGGUUCGAGGCCUGGGGGUCAGAGAGGGGGCCCAUGGGAAACACGCCGAGGCCGGGGUGGUGAGCAUGGUCGGGGGGCUGGCGGGACAUCCAUCCCCCGGGCCCUGUGCAGCUGUCAACUAGGCCCUUGCUGCUAGAGCACCCCUUCCCCCAGAGCCUGGCUCGUUUGCUGUCUGGGGGUGCAGAGUCCCCGCAGGAGGGGUAGGUUUCCCGCCCCCCCCAUUUCCCACUUGGGAGGAACUGAGGGGAAGUGGGAGUGAGGAUUCCAGCCCAUGGACCUGCUUGGAGGUCAAGAUGCAGUGACCUCCCCGUGGCUUCCUCCUGCCCCCCAGCCCGUGCUGGGCACCCCUUUCCUUCAGGAGUCACCUCAGAGCCCCCAUUGUCCAUAGGCAGAUCCCCCGCAAGGCCCUGUCACUCACACCUGGCCCCAUUGGGCACCUGCACGCCUGGCAGGUCUCUCUUCCCAGGCGUAAGCUCGUGUCCUCCGGCAACGCCAGCCCGCCCCUCCCCCUCCGUCCCCAGUGCGGGGCAGCGCCCCCGGCUGAGGAUGGGGGAGGGGCGGGCUCUGAAGUUAGUUGACUCUGUGUGCCCUGUUUGCGGGGUUUUCCCUGGGGGCUUCUGGAUGGGGACUGGAAGGGCAGGGUUGAGGCCUCCAGCCUCAGGUACCACUGGCGCUGGAAAGCAUCACCCAUCUGUACUGGGGUGGAUCUGCCUGGUCCUGCGUGGCCUGUGGGUCAUUGGCCCAUCUCGGGAGAGGAAACACUCCUGCCUGUUGUCACCAGGGACUGCAGCUCGGGUGCCCUGAGACAGGGAGCCAAGAAGGUGCCGGCGGGCAGCAGGGGGCGCCCAGGGGAGGAGAGGCCCCCGUGCCAACUGACCCCCAGACCUCCACCUGCCCUCCUGCGGCAUCCAGGCCCUCACAGCGCAGGGACAGCUCCACUGGGGACACAGCUGCCCUCCUGCAGGCGUGCACAGGUGGUGGGCAGCUUAGGGCCAGGGUCCUUGAGUCAGGGGUGUCUCCUGGUGAGUAGGGCUGUGUGCGGCCCCUGGGGCGCUCUCCCUCCCCCUCUCCAGCUCUGGGUGGGUGCUCAGGGCUCCCCUAGGGGCAGUUUCUGUGGCCCCAGGGGCGGUCUUGUUGGUCUGGGGGCGGUCCUGGGCAGAGGCAGCGCUGGCUCUGAAAGGGGAAGGUGCUUCUGGGCCCCCCUGGCCGGGGGGCCGCACCCAAGCCUCAGCCGUGCAGCCCAGCCCGCACCUGCCCAGCUGAGGGCCCGGCUCCCUGCUUCCCUGGCAGGCGCGCCUCCUGGUCUUGCAUCUGGGCCCCUCCCUGCUCCGCCUCCCCCUGCAGUGUGGCCAGGGUCUGUCUGUGUGGCUGGGCUGGGGGUUGAGCCCUGCCUGCCGCCCAGGCUUCUGGGCAAGUCCUGCCCUCCUGGAGUCCUCAGUUUCCCCAGCAGCACCACAGGGGUCCUUGGUUUUCCCCUUUGAUGAGCUACAGACCGAGGCCUGGUCUGCUGUCGCUGGCCUCUGGGCAAGACGCCGAGACCGGUGGAAGAUGCUGGCAAAGGGCUGUGCAGGGCUGUGGGAACACCUCCCCCAGCCCCGCCGCAGUCGGGGAAACAGGCACGUGCAGGGUGCCCUGCCGGAGGUCCUGGCGCAGGCCGGGGGCCUGCAGACCUCAGACCCCGUGACUCCUCUUGGCCCCAGCCUUCUGGAGGUGCUGAGGGCAUCUGUGUGUCUGGCUCCGGUUUCUUCCUGCAACAGGCUGGGGCAGGGCAGUGGGGGUCCUGCUGCCUGGGGACCCCGAGCCGGGGUGGGUGGGCAGCCCGAAGCGGGGGUCCUUGGCCGUCCUGGUCAGGUCAGGGGUCAGUAUGCCACAAGAUGUCGGUCCCGCGUGAGCAUCCCUUUCUGAACCGUCCCGCUCCCAUUAGGGAGUGGGUGGCAGCAGGUGGUCGGGGGCUCUGGGAGUUCUGUCUGGGGCAGAGAGGUGUGGCCUCAGCCACUAAGCGGGGCCGGGGGCAGGGGAGAGGCCUGGGGGCCCGGUCGCACCUCGCCAUCGUAGGCCCUGCCCCCUGUCUGCUCCCCGGCUGCCCGCUCCUCCUCCUUGGACACCAGCCUCAGGGGGUCCCCGGUCAGUGGGGCCACCUACCUGAUGGGCUGGAGCCUGGGGGGAUGUGGGGCUUGCUGGAGCUUAAGGAAACUGAUUACAGUCGUUGCAUAGAUGUCAGUGGGCAGCUUGAGGAGAUGUCACCGGGGGAACGGCACCCAGCCAGGAUGGUCCCCGAGCCCUUGCAUUCAGUCCCCCCAGCCCCGGCCUUGGGCCCUUGCAGACGUCACUUCUGGCACAGGGGAUACAUUUUGCCAUUCUUGAACUUCGUAGAGAUGUGUUCUCCCCGUCUCCUGUGGCUGUUCUUGGCUGGGAGGGGCGUGUCACCCCACCAUGCCCGGCCCCCACCCCAAGAUUGUGCAGGCUGCCGGGGGAGGGGCUUCUGGACACAGGCUUGGCCCCUGUGGGCACCCAGCCCUCCACCCCGUUCCAAGGACCUGGCCAGCUGCCCGGCCAUCUGCCACCCUGAGCCAUGUGGCUGGAGGGGCAGCAGUGGAGGGCCGGCUGGUACCCUCCCCACAUGGGCCUCACCAAGUGGCCCCACCUGUCAAGACCUAGGCCAGCCCCCAGAAUGUGUGGACAAGAAGAGAGACAGCAGGAAGUGGGGCGGACAUGCCAGGCAAUGGGCUGGGUUCCGGUGGGGACAGGUGGGCAGGGUGUGCGCCCCAGGUGUGUGCGAGGGAGACAGGGAGGCCCCGGUGACCGCAGGGCUGGGACGGGGGACCCCGGUGGGCCGGCUGGGCUCGUCUCCCAGGCUGUCGUGGGCUUGGGGUCUGCUCCUGGGCCCCGCCUGGGCCUCUGUCUGGCCCAGGCAGCGAUGAGUGGGGCUGGGGAUGUGCAGCGUGGGACACGGGGAGGGUGGGGGUGGCCCCACUGCUGACGUCCUGGCCACCGUGUCCUGGGAGGGACCUGGAGUGCCCAGCCUUCCCAGGACUUCAGCCCCACUUGUCCUGAGUUGGAUGUCCUGUCUGGGUCCAACAGGGCCCAUCUUCUCCUGUACUUGGAGGCUGUAAUCUUCCUGCCAAAAUGUUUUAAAAGCUGCCUACGCAGAUUUCAAAAUUACAGGUAGUUUUAUUAGCCACGCGCAUGCGUCCCGUGAGUGCUGGGCUUCUGGUGACUGUGAUGUGCUGGAACAAGGGGCGCCUGGGGCUUCGGGGCAGCGCGUCGGUGACGUGUGUGCGUGUUUGGGUGAAACUGUGUGAUGGUGAGGGACGUGGGCUGUGUGUCCGCGUCACAGUGCGUGUGACGGCAGCACCUGGGUGACAGCCGGCGGGUGUCUCUCCUGCCACCUCGGAGCUGGAGGUGAGGAUGCUUUGUGGAGUCUUAAUUGAAGAAAUCUUGUUUCCACCAAGGCUGGGGGCAGCGCCCAGCCCCUCCAGGAUACCCCCGACCCGGACGCCCCCCCCCCCACCGCCUCCACAGUGACUUUGCCGUGGUAUCCUCCCCGUGCCCUUCCACGCGUCCCCACGGGGCCAGGGAGCUCGGAGGGGCUCAUUUUCCUGCUGACUGGAGCCAUCCGCGCUGCCCUUGAAGGCAGAGCCAGCUGGGCAGCCCUUUGGUUUUAAAUAACAAUUCUCCUCUCUGCUCAGAGGCAGCCCCACCCACCCCACUGGGGCCCUGGCCUGGGGGCUCAGCCCGGAGACGUAACCCUCCCAGAGGGGGCGCUGCUGGGCUCUGCAGGGGACGGACGUGUGUGGGCUGGGCGAGGGCCCAGGACAGCCUGGCCGGUCGCUGUUUCCUGCAGCCAGAGUGGCCCGACUUCAGCUCCCUCCAAGGGGAGGCUGCCCCCACGCUCGCCCUCCCUGGCCUCUGCCCCAGGGUCCCUCCCCUGCCCCAGUCCCGGCCAGAGGCCAGGGGAGCCCUCUGCCUGCGCAGGUCUGCAAGGGCCCCGCUGGCUGCUCCCAGCUCAGCCUUCCCCCCCCGGCGUCCUUGGAGAGCUCCCCGUUCCUCACCUGCAGGUCGGGUGGGAGGGUUGAGGGAGCCAGCACGUGUCCCAACCUCUCUGUGUCCCAUCACGGCACCCCCUGGGCAGGUGUGGGUGCCCAGAGGCGCUGGUGGCCAGCCUUGCUCCCUCAUGGUGGCCUUGCCAGCGGUCAGCACCGUGGACAGCUCUGCCCCCGCACCGCUGGCCGGGGCCUGCCACACGGGGGUCAUCCCCAUCCCACAGGUGGGGGCACACACAUCUCCGUACAGCCAGCAGACCCCACCAUACCUGGGGCUGUGCCCCAGCCCAGCUCUGCGGUAAGGCUGGAUCCUCUGGGCCGUCACCCGCUGCCAGUGCCCCCAGCCCGGCUGCUGGCCCCACCCCCCACCCCCGGGCACACGCCCGGAGCUGCAGCCCCCACCCCGCCCCGAGGAGGGCUCAGAUGGGAUGCGGGCCAGGGCACGAGAGCCCUGUCCUGUCUGGGAUGCUUAGUGCUGCCACCCAGGCCCCACCCUCAGCCAGGAGCGUUCAGAGUGGGUGGUUUAUAAUUUUUAGACAGAAGCUCUUGUUUUUGGUGGAAGGUGCAAAGGGGGAUGGGGUGGGGGUCAGAGAGGAGCCCUGUGUUUGCCCUAAGCUGACCAGACCCCCACUGGGGCUCUCCUGGCCUGCUUAGCCAGCUCCGGGCGAGGCCCAGAGGGACCUUAGACGCCAGCGGGAGGCCUGGGCCAGAGCCCCGGGCGCGCCCACCCCUCGGGGACCCCGCGGCUGCUGCUGCUGUUGGGCUGGGAGCUGCACCACCGCCCCCCGCCCCAUAAUUGCGGUCUCUUGCUGGCCCGGCUUCACGCACGGUGUGUGCUCCCCGGUGCGUUAGUGAGAGCGGAGCAGCGUCCCCCAUCCCCACCCCUGUAGCCAGGGCUGCCUGCUGGUGGGGGUGGGGUGAGUGAGUACACGAGGGGAGGCCCACGGGGAGGCGGAAGCCUCCUCAAGCAGGGGUCUCAGGGCCCAUCCGGCCUGAGUCUGGGGUGGGGGGUCCCUGCCAGGGUCAAGGCCAGAUGUCGAGGAGGCUUCUGGGCCCGGGGGGUGCGGGGCCCCAUGUGAUGCCCAGUUUUGAGUGGGGCAGGGCCCCCAGGGCUGCCAGCCCGUAGGCAUCAGUCCCCAGGUGGUCUCCCAAAGCCCAGGAUGCUGUAGGUCCAGGGGUUGGCUCAAGAGUCCCGGGGUCUGGAGCCAUAGCGCCCUCGGCACCCUGCUGGCUCGCCCCUGCACCCCCCCCCCCCAGGCCAAGAGCCGUCCCCGCAUUCAUCACCGCCUGCCCUUCUCUGCCUCUUCCUCCUGUCUCAAUCGAUUUUUGUAAUAAAGAGCAAUUAUGGAGUUCAAUAAAAGCUCCAGUGGUCGAGGGGAGGGGGCCAGGGAGCGGGCCGGCAGGAGCUCCAGGGACUGCACCUCCUAGGGAAGAGCUGGGGCCGAGGGUGUGUGUGGGGGAUCCAGCCCCCAUAACAGGACGAGACUGGGAGGUCAGCAAGGCAGCGAGGGUGCCCGGGCUCGCCCACAGGGAUCUGGUGGGCUGCUCACCUCCUGCCCCCCUGUCCCUUUCGCCCU